AUGGCCGAGCAAUUAGCUGCAUGUGCUCAAGAGCUCUUUGAGGGUCAACAAGGCAGUGAAGCGCAGCACAGUGCUAAUGCAUGGCUCAUGCAAUUCCAAUUUCAUGAGGAGGCAUGGCACGCUGCAUUACAGCUACUGCAACAGCCUGUGUACGACCCAAUUACACAUCGUCCACUGGCCGCCCCACAGCUUGUGGCCAUGCAGAUCCUUCGACUAAAGACACAAUGCGAAUGGACGUGUAUUAGUACACAGCAGCAGCAAAUUGUACGGCAGACGGUGUUAAAGCUACUGGAGAUGACGUGUGGAACAGAAAAUGGCCUUUCUCCAGUAAGUCGCCGCAUUGCCUGUGUGACGUUAGCAGAUAUUGUAGUCAAAUCGUGCAGGAAUUGGACAAGCUGGAAAAGUGACGUUCAGCGGCUUGUGGAUGUGGGCACUGCCGCUCAAAGACAGCAGAAAGGAGCUGCUAUGUUGGCCGAUGUUCUUGGAGCCAUUCCACUACAGAUCUUGGCGUCAGAGAGUGCGUGGACUGCACAGGAAAUGCAGCAGAUGCUGGAAAUAUUUCAGGUAGAAGGAGACAACGUCAUGACUGUGGUACAAAUGAUUUUGACUAGCAUACCGGAUGAGAGGAUCAGCGCUUUACGCUGCCUAGAAAGCUGGAUUGUGGGCUGUGUUCCAACUCACGAAGCGUUUGGUUUGAAUGCAUCGCAUCUUUUUGCUCGUGGACUGCUGGACGAGCUGUUCAAUGCAGCCAUUAGCGACAACGAAGAACUGGCACAUCUGGCUGCAGGGAUUAUUGCAGAUUCGUUUGCGCGGAAUGCGUCCGCUGUUGGGUCUGAGAAUAUGACUAAGGCGGUACUUCGCUCCGGAUACCGUUUGGUUGAAGCAAUACCCCUAUUUCAGUCGGAUAUGCAGUUCCCCACGGGGAACAUAAUGACAAAGGAGCAGCAGACGAACGUUUGCAGGGGUAUGUCACGCAUCGCUUGUUCUCUAGCAAUGAAUCACGCGUCUGUGUUGUUCUUGAGUCAGACAGUAGGCACACAAGCAUCCUUGGACAGCCUCGCAUCUAAGCAGCAACAGCGGUUUUCCUACACCUUUUUGGAACUGCUUCUAGCCUGCUCAUCUUAUGAUGACAUUGAUGUGGCACAACCUACGUUGGAAAUCUGGUUCUUUUUUCUUGAAGACAGUCCAUCACAGAAUGAGAUGUCAUGGCAGAUUUUUUUAGACACCACGGGGCUGGAUUAUGUGGUCAGUGUGCUUACACGUUUAGUAAAUGCGCUUAUUGAGCGAUGCAAGUACCCGCAGUGGUUUAUUGACAGACACCAAAUCGUAAGCGACGAUCCUGAAAUUGAGGCGAUUGCGGACUUUCGCAGAGAAAUUGCCGACACUGUGCUAAGUCUAUUUUCUAAGUGGCCAAGGGGCCACGGGGAGCCUGCUGGAGACUAUGCGUCGUGUGUAAAGGACAUGUGCCAAAUGCUAUCAGAUUGCAAGGACGUUGCAUUGAUUGAUGCGCUUUUUUUCUUGCUCUCGCACACGGUUGAAUUGUUCGAUGCUAUAUCGUCAGAUUCGGGAUCUGAAAACGACUCUAAUUCCUGUCAGAUUCCUAUAUCAAGUGGGAUUGACGUUCUGGUGGGAGUGUUCGACUACGCUCUCAACCUGCCCAUGCACCUUUUAGUAUCAAACGGUGUUGCACGGUAUCUACGAUCACUGGGUGCCUCACAUGCAUUACCUCCAAGCGUAUACCUUCGCGCUUCGAUGAUCAUUUGCCAAGGACUUCACUGCGCGUCGUCCUUCCCAGUGGCGAUCCAAUCGUUGCUGCAUAGUAGCUCCUCUAUUGCCAAGUGUACUACUAUCGAAGAAAGAGCCCCGUUGCUUCAAGCGCUGCUCCAAUUUAGCACAACGUUUCAGACUAUAACUUCUCAAAAUAGUAAAGGUGACCUACUAGAGGUGACAUUCCGGAUCGCACGUGGCUUAUCGGAUGCAGAUUUUGGCACUUUAUGCUCAUCAAUUUUGUCAAACCUAACGGUUCGUGUUCAAAGCACAAAUUCGAUCGAGGCGUCCAGUGUCGUGUACAUGUUGGGUCGAGCUUUUGGGGGUAUUCAAGACGAUCAUGGGUUUGUCUUGAUUGAGCAGCUGUGGCCUCUUGUAAAAGCUUCUCUCUUGCAGCACAGGAUGGACGGUACAUGUCGACGCGAAGGAGCUCGUUUUUUUCUAAACGCGAUUCCACACUUGCCGAAGGAGGCUCCCCAUCCUAUUGAAGUGGAAAUGCUUGAAAUGUGUCUUUGGUGGUAUGGAGGAGAUAUUGCUCCUGACAUCCUCACGUGUUGCUCCCGAAUAAUCUUGCGACAGCGGGGCAAUGUCAGCAUGCAGUCUUCAGCUGAGCACGCAUUCGAGCAACUUCUUGCUGGUUUUCGCAAAAAGCUGUACGAUGUUGCUGGAACCGAAAGUGGUGCACUCUCAAUGGAGAGUUUCCUGUCCCAGCGCCAUGAAGCAGAAAAGAUGAUUCCCGAAGUUCAGCAGUUCCUAGAGCUCGCGCGGGAGGUUUUGAGCUCUUUUCCACAAGCUUUGCUGCGAAAUCGUUCAAACGGAGAGCCAAGUCUAUAUUGGAUUUGCGUGGAUUUGGCAACAAGACUUAUGAAAGUGGAUCACCAGAUGCAGGAAAUAUGUGAUGCUGCGUGCGAUUUCCUCUUGAGCGCCAUGCGAUGUCAACCAGAGCAAAUUCUGGUCAGGAUAAACAUUUUUGCCGUAGACGUUGUUCGUGCUGUCCUGGUCUUUUUGGGCCCCAAACGACAACAUUAUUGCGCACGACAUCUAUGGGAUUUUCUGUUUCAGUGUCUGCACGCAUCACAAAUAUCGACACAAAUUCGAGAUGGUUUUCUUUCCGCUGUGUCCACUGUAGUAAGCGAGGAAGGUGUUCUUCGCUCUCUCUUUUCUGCAGAUGUCUGUCAGCAAAUUCCGGGAGAGCUGCGAGUGCGAUGCCAACGACAUCGUUUUCGACUGUACUUCACCCGGUUGGCUCACCUUGCGGAAGCGGCCUACUCGUAA